GAGAGACAGAAUCCCAAGCAGGCUCUGGGCUGUCAGCCCAGAGCCCCACAGGGGGCUCGACCCCAUGACCCGUGAGAUCGUGACCUGAGCCGAGCGGAAGAGUCGGACGCUCCACCAACUGAGCCCUUUCAGGACGCUGUCGGAACGGGGUCAGCAGCCCUCCCGAGCCUCCCCUCUGCGGGCUGUGCGGUGAGGGGAGGGCUGCGUGCAUCUGGGCUUGCCAAGGACCAGGACAGGAGGAGACAGGCAGAGACUCCCGGUGAGGACCGGGGAGCCGGAGGAAGGCGGGGGCAGACGGUGAGGAGGUGGCCACGGCGGUGGUCUGCGUCGCAGAAGCUGCUUGGUCGGACGGGGACGCGGCUGGUGCUGUGCCGGGGGAUCUGGACUCGAGGUUCCAGAGGGGGCGCUGCUGUUGGGCGAGCGGGGGCGCGGGGGCAGGGGGAGAGGCCGCCGAGCGCAGCGAAGGGUGCUGGAUGUGUUUGGCCGCAGGCCGUUGGACGCCGAAAGCCUUGGCCUCGGAGACGGGACGCGGAGCCGGAGCGGCGUGAGCCCUCUGUGAACACAGGGACCUCGGGUGCGGAGCCCAGCAGAGAGAGGGUGGGGUCUUGGGAGAGGCGGGGCGGGGGGCACAGGCGCCCCCGCCUCCCUUCCUGGCCCUGGCUGGGGGGGCAGAUGGAAGAAACUGGACUGGCCCUGGCUGGGGGGGCAGAUGGAAGAAACUGGAUGUACCUGACACUCUGCAGGGGACAGAGUCUGGAGGACAGCCGGCUGGGCCGAGGGGCCGAGCCCUGGGCCGCAGCCGGUGCGGGGUGAGGCUCAGGUGUGGAGGCUGUGGGCAGGGCGGGGUCCUCCCCGAGAUGAGGCCCCGAACGCCGAGCAGAGGCAGGCAGCUGUGCCCCACGGCCCGUGGGCAGGGCGGGGUCAGAGCCCAUGGGGUGCCCGGCACAUCGGAGGACAGAACGGGACCUCGCCAAACCUACGGGAGCACGGCAGCGGCUCGCUCGGACGGGGCCUCCGCACUCUUCUGGAACACCGCUGGCUAGGGGUUGGAUUGCGUCUCUCCAAAAUGCCUCUCCAAAAACCCGAACGCCCGGCCCCUCAGAAGCCCCAGAACUCCGAGGCCGUGGGAGCCGCCCAGUGCGCGCUGCUCUGUCCUGGUGGCCUGAGCUCGCCAUGCAGCGGCGGACAAGCCAGCGACAGGAAGGCACUGCUGGGUCUCUGCACACAGGCUUUUGUUCAAAUUGCUGGAAACGUCAUUUGGUCCCGAUCAGGGAGGUCGCCAGCGUGCAGAUGGCCAGCACUGCGCCCUCCACUUGCGAGUUGGUCCAGACUUCAGGGGUCCGUUUCUGUGGGGAUCUGCUGGAGGUGACGAUGCAGGAGGAGCUGGAGGUGCCAGACCCUUCCACGUGCCUCGGUUUACCAUCCAGCCAGUGGGUCAGGCCGGGUGGCUCCAGCCUGCGAGGAACGGAGCUGGCAGCCUGGGUGACAGACCGAGCAGCGGGCUGGGUGUGGACACAGCUUGGCAGCGCUGGGCCGGCGGGAAGGACCCUGGAAGCCCGGGCCCUGGUCGGCCCCUCCCCCGCCCCCCUCCCCUGCCUGGUUAGCAUGGCAACAGCCUGCUCCCUGGUUCUGAGAGGGCCGCUGAGUCACGGGCCCAACUGGGAACAUGACAGGGUCCCCCUGCAGGACAGUGGCUCCGGUCCAGGAGGAAGGCUCAGUGGGAGGCAGGCUGCGUGGGGGAGGGGAGGCACCAGGCACCACCUCCGAGAAGCCACGAGCUGCGAGCUGCGGUUGGGACCGGGACAGGUCGGGCCUCAAAGUCUAGCCACAAACACAGCAGGCUUUUCAGCACCAGCUCAGCUGAGCACCACCUCUGGGGACCCCUUGGUCCCUGCCCUGCCCCUGGGUCUGUCUGCUUCCGCUCUUCCUGAAGGACACUUUGGCCAGAGCGAGGCUUGGCCUGCACGUGAGGCCGUGUGCUCCUCUGCCCCGGGCCCAGGGACGUGCUGAGAGCCUCCAGCUUCCUGCUCCCACGCGAGGGCCGGGCAAGGGCUGGGGCACCCACCCGAGCCCACCUGCCAGCUCUGAUCUGGCUCAGGGCUCCAGAGCCCCCCCUACCCCCCCACCCCUGGGGCCAGGCCCACCAGCACUGCCCAGAUCCAGGCCUCUGAGGGCCCGGCCCCACCCUGAGGGAGGUGGGAGGCACCGGAGUUACGGAGUUACGGUGGGAGGACAGAGGGCAUGUGGGGGGGCACACGGGAGUUGGGGUUGCCUCUGAAAGGCGGGUGGACGGGAGGACCCAAGACCAGAGCGUCGGGAGGAGCCUCAGAUCCAAGCUCCAGGGCCUGUGGCUGCCCAGCAGGGGCCCCCUUUGACACCCCCUCCCCCCGAAGAAGUUUGAGGCCUCUGACCGGGUCCCAGGCUGCAUCCUGUUCCCCUCACUCAGGGCAGUGGAGGCGACCCACCCACAGCCCUGCCCUGGCCCACGCCCCCCCACGGGGCACAGCAGGUGAUGCCACCUGAGACAGGGCCCCCCCGAGUGGCCGCUGCCCACCGGGACCCUCCCCCGCCCCCCCCCACCCAGACCAGCAGCGCCCACACCUCACACACACACCCGGGGACGCGCACACCCCGGUCCCCAGGAAUAAUCCUGCCCAUCUCCACCUGGGGCAGACUUUAUUACCACGGUCAUCAUCAAGACGAUCAUGUGAACACAGGAAGACAGCGCCGGUUUCCAGACUCGUGGCAGGCGGGUGCGUGCAAAGGAAACCUCCCGCCAAACGCUAAGCACAAACAACCGUCCUCUGGGUCACCGGGAGCCGUCACCCCAGGGGCAGAGCAGCACGAGGCCGUGAGGAGGAGGCUGGACCAGCCUGCGAGGACCCCACCCGGCAGGCUCCCCUCGAAAUGCACCUGCUCGCGCCUCUAAUACACGUUCCCACACAAUCAGGGCGUUAAAUAUAUAGACAUUUCAU